UUCAUCCUUACCGUCAUGGCCGAGUUCCAAGUCGUGGUGAUGGCGGCUGGCUCUGGGUCGCGCAUGUACCCGCUGACGGAGGGCAUUCCCAAGGCGCUGCUGCCCGUCGCCAACCGCCCGCUCAUCUGGCACAGCCUCAAGCUGCUCGAGAGCACCGGCUUCCAAGAUAUUAUCGUGGUUGCGCAGCGCGCUUGGGCCACCCAGAUUUACAAUGCCAUCAACGAGUGCAAGUUGGACAAGAUUGUGCCCGAAGUCAUUGGCGUCGAUGCUGAGAUUGGCACCGCCGACUCGUUGCGUAUCAUUCGCGAAAAGAUCAAGAAAGACUUUAUUGUUGUCAGCUGCGACCUCAUCAGCGACGUACCGAUUCACCUCAUUGCCGACCUCCAUCGCCAACGAGACGCGUCCGUGACGAUGCUCGUUGCGGAACCUCCCGUGAACGACGCUCCCCUGCCCGACGCGAAAGCCAAGAAGGCGCCCGUGGACGAAGGCACUCGCGACUUUAUCGGCAUUGAUGCCGAGUCCAAGCGACUGCUGUACUUUGCUGCCGAGGCAGACGUAGACGAGGACUUUAAGAUCCGAAAGGCGGUGCUGAUGCGAUAUCCUCGAAUGGAUGUCACAACAAAGCUGCUCGACGGCCAUUUCUACAUUUUCCGGCGAUGGAUUCUCGACUUCUUGAUGGAGGAGCGACACCAGCACAUUUCUGCCAUCAAGGGCGAGUUGAUCCCGUUCCUUGUGCGAAAGCAGUUUUCGCGUCGCAAGCGACGAGAGGUUGUGGAUCCUCCCAGCGAUGAGAUUGAUCUUCAAGCGUAUGCCAUUCUUGACGAUAACGACAAGCAUGCAUACUCGAUGUCUUCGACCCCGAUCGACACAAGCGACGCUGUUCGCUGCCAUGUUUUCCAGAUGAAGGACGGCUUUUGCGCGCGCGUCAACACUCUGGCAUCAUACCUGGAGAUUAAUCGAAAUCCCCCCAAGCUCGAGUUCCAAGGCGCAAAGCCAGAACCCCAAUCAAGCCCCAGCGUGGCGCCGAAUCGGCCCGGAGCACAAACAGGAAGCGAUUCCAUCGUCAAGGACGACGUUGUUAUCGGCGACAAGUCGCUCAUCAAGAAGACUAUCGUUGGCAGCAAGUGCAAGAUUGGCGCGAACGUCAAACUUGUCAACUGCUUGUUGAUGGACAAUGUUACUGUUCAAGAUGGCUGCAACCUCCAGUCGGUCGUCGUGUGCACCAAUGCUGUUAUUCAAGCAGGCUGCACGCUGCGUGAUUGUCAAGUUGGCUUUGGCCACACCGUUCCGGCCGGAACUGAUGCCAAGAACGAGGCAUUGGUGUCUGGUCAAGGCUUUGAGUAGAUUUUGUAUGCUCGUCUUGAAAUGCAACGUGUCGCAAGAACAAAUACUCUCGAUACCACUCGCAA